CUUGAAGAUCUCUGGACGAGCCGCGAGCGAGAAGAGGUCAGGUCUGAUCUGAAUGAGUGAUAACACGCUUGCCCAGCUCUCCGAUCCAUCGCCCUCGACCGGGUCGACAGGCAAGCGCAGCGCGCAACUCGGUCCUUCCACUUCAUACCACUCUGCUUCCGACAACGAGUCUGAUGCAAGCGACGAUGAAGACAUAGAAGAUGACGGUCUAGAUGUCGGCAAGUCGAAUCGGGCAGACAAGUCUCACUAUGUCGAUGUGGGACCCUCUUCAAGGCGCAGGACCCAGAUGGACGAGAGCGGAAUGCUCUCUGGGAGCAAGUAUGCGGGCAGGACUGUCAGCGCCAGCCAGGCAUUUGACGAGGCUAGCGGCAGCGAGGAAGAAGGCGACGAUGAUGCAGAAGAAGCCAGCGGGCUUUCAGGAUCAGCGUCGGAUGAAGACCUUGGCAGCGAUGAGUCGGACGAAGCUGCGGGAGCUGCUCUUCCUGCAGGAAGCAGCGCUGACGAGUCAGCGGCAAUACCACCUGCGUCAUCUUCCGCCGCACCUUCACGAGUAAGGUUCACCAAGGAUACUCAAUACAAGAGCAGCGAGGCUGACUGGGGCGAAGGUGGCAAUACGCUUGCAGCCGCAGCGCAAGCAGACUCCGAGCUCAUGUCUCGCUUACAAGCUCAGACUGCGGACGAUGCACAGAGAGGUAGAGCUGUCAAGGAGCAGUACAGGCAGUGGGAGGCAUCGUUGAGGGCGCGCAUCCAGUUUCAUAGCUUCUUGACGGAAUCUGUGGCACUCUGCAGAGAUGUCAACGCACUCUCACAAAUCCAAACGGAUCCCGAGUGCGCUGCCUCGUACAAAUCUUUACAGUCAGAUCUGGCCCAGCUUAACGCGUCGAUCUUCUCCAAGCGUGCUGCGAUCGCCCAAGCUUCGGAUAGCCAAGUCGCUGCAGCGUUCCAUCAAGCGUCAAGCGUGUUAGGAAAGCGUCCGGCAUCAGGAGAAGCUGUGCGAGACGAGGACAUUGAUCAGUCCAUCUCUGCCUUCCUAUCACUGCACCGCGUCACUGCGGACAAGACCUGUGAGGUUCUGGAUGCUUGGAGCACCAGCGGACCCUCUGGGUCCAGCAGGGAAUUAAAAGCAGUGAACAGAGCAGCGGGCGAGCAGGUUCGCUCCUCUUUAGCGCAGCCGGAGAGUAUGGAGAGGCUGCUGAAACGGACGAGGGUGUGGCGAGGAGCAGACAGGCUUGGAGAAGAAGGGGUUGCCGCCGCUGCGUACUCCGAUGAGCCCGACGAGAACGUUUUCGACGAUACCGACUUCUACUCCUCGUUGCUGCGAGAGCUGCUCGACAGCAAAGGAGAAGGCGCGGCGGGUUCAGAUGGCCUGAUGGGCCUCACAAUACGUUCCAAAGGGCCCAAACGAGCCGUAGAUACCAGAGCGUCAAAAGGUAGAAGGCUCAAAUACGAAGUGCACGACAAGAUUGCCAACUUUAUGCCGCCCAUACCCAACGAGACUUGGACCGACGAGCAGAGGGCCAGAUUGCUGGCUCAGCUCUCUGCUGCUCAUGGGACUCUAUCCGCCCAUAGUGGAGCAAGCAGCGAGGGGCAGACAUCAAGCAAAGAGCACACCUUGGAUCAUGUCGACUUGGCAGGUCUGCGAGUCUUUGGCUGAGCAUGCGCGUCCGCUUCGAUCAUCUGCCUUGCGCUGCGUGCAAUACUCCCCUCGCCGCAAGUAGAGGACCCAUAGUCGAAGGCACCUUUUGCCAAUCGCAUCCUCUAAUUGUUCACGCAAAAUGCAUCCGCCCUCAAUGUGUUAGGACACAGGUUCAAUGUGGGCCGUUAGUAGAGUGUGCUGCUUUCGGUGAGCACUCCGAAUCAAAUGAGACCGCGCGCCUGGGUGUAACGCGAGCGCCACGCUACCGAGCCCGCUUUCG